UUCCACAAUUAUUCAGGCAGCGACUUGUCGAAGUAAGGUGUUUUAUGGGAAGUAUUCGAAAGAGUGGUCCAAUCCAAACCACUUUCAAUAGUGUUCGUCUUUGAGACGAAACAUUCCAAUGUACGAAAAUUUCAUCAAAAUAUCUUAAAAAUUGGCAGCUGUAGGUUAAAUACGAGAAAAAAGACAUAGAAGCAUAUAAACGGACAGCAAGCUUAAUUUUCCUUGUAGGACAAGCGGUGUAGGAUACAAAAAUUACAGUUGGGUUCGAAAAAAGUAUCUCGAAGUCAAAGUUUUCCCAUUUAAAACAAAAAGGCGGAAAAAAGGUGAAAUUCAGAUUCUGGUACACUAUCGUGAAUGUUAUUCAUUAACAAGCGUUGAUUAUAUGCUGAAAUGAAAAACCCCAAAAUUGCAUUCGUAGAAAUGAAGAGAUUGGGAAAUGAGUGUAACUUAUUAUGUAGAGAGCGGAUGGAUUAAUGUAAAUGAAACAACUAAGAGAGUUAUAUUCGGCAGGUGCCGAAUCUUGCAUACCCACCAUUAUGCUUUUCGCAUUCUACUCUCCAAGUUCUUUUAUUUGUUACCCAUAUCGAUGGUGGCUACAAAAUUAAUCGCGGUAUCUACCAUAUUCAUUUUAGAAUUAACAUUUUUAGGCAGAUAAUAUAUAUUAGUUUGAGGAAUGUACUUAAUUGUUUUAUACAUUCUGUUUUGUUUGCGUUUUGUUAAAUAAGCAUAAAACCUCAAAAAAGCGAAAAAAUAACAUUUAACUAUAUGCAACUUUAUGCGGGCAUGGCCAAUUUUUUGCAGUCUUUGCAUGUAAAGACUAGAGUGUUUCCUAAAGUAAAAAUGGGAAAUUUCAGCCUUCUAACUUUUAUAAUUUCUGAGUAACGAGCAAAAACCCAUAACAAAUUUAAAAAAAAAAACGAAGCUGCGCUGAUUUUAUGCUCCGCUGCGGACUUCUGCUCUGAGCAAUCUGGGCCAUUUGCAAUACCAACCCGCGUUCAAAAACUUCCAAUGUUUGAAUCAUAUUUGAAGUCGAUAUCUUCAUUUUGGCGACCAGGAAAGUGCCAACAAGAACAAUACAAACACGGACAAACAUAGCAAAAUCAAUUCAGAAUUUCACGCUGUUUAAGAAUAUAUAUACUUUAGAGUGUUUCUGAGGUUUCCUUUCGAGUAUGAAAAAAAAACAAAUUAAGUAUACAUCCAUCUUACAGUGGUGGAUAAAAAAAACGACUAAUGUUUCUGAUAGUUUAGUAAGAUACGAGUGUGUAAAAGUCGAAUAUACAGUUGAAGUCGUACCACCGCGGAUGCGAGUAUGUUAGUUUUGCGUUAAUGUAUGCUGCAGUAAUAACUGUCCUAAUUAUAAUUAAAUAACCAAACGCAAUACGUAACUUAUCAGGAUUGAAAACCAAAAAUUAUUGCAAUUAAAAAUAAAUGUGAUAAAUUCUUCGAGUAGAAGAAACUACAUAUUGGAAAGCCAACAAUACUUUAAAGACUUAAAUUUAAGACUAAACAUCGCAAAGCCCACAAAUGACAUCAGGCGGUUUGUUGGGACGAGCAAUUGUACAGGAAGGAUCACGUCCAAAUCGGCGAAAUCUGGUGUCAAUGAUUAUUGGAUUGGUGGUAGGAUUUUCAUUAGCUGAAUUGUUUGUUCUUUCCACACCAGAAAAACCUGACUGGUUAUUGUAUACAGGCCAUAGGCAUGGUGACAUUAACGAUCCACACGCCAGUAACGACUUAAUUGAUGCUUCUGGUCCUGAGCAGAAUGUCGGUUCACAUCAACAUAUUUAUGAAAAUAGCAGUUUGGCUCAGAAAUUAUAUGGAGAAGUUCGGGUAUUAUGUUGGGUCAUGACAAAUCCCAAAAAUCAUCGUACGAAAGCACGUCACGUAAAACGUACCUGGGGCAAAAGGUGUAACAAAUUAUUAUUUAUGAGUACGACAGCAGACGCAGAUUUAAAUAGUAUAGCACUGCCGGUGUCUGAAGGUCGUAACAAUCUAUGGGCUAAAGUAAAAGCUGCCUUUAAAUAUAUUUACGAUCAUCACAUAGACGAUGCCGACUGGUUCCUAAAAGCUGAUGACGAUACGUAUACAAUAUUGGAAAAUUUACGCUAUCUUUUGUAUCCGUACUCACCUGAAACACCAAUUUAUUUUGGGUGUAAGUUUAAACCGUUUGUUAAACAGGGCUACAUGUCCGGUGGUGCUGGCUACGUGCUAAGUAAGGAAGCGCUUAAGCGAUUUAUUGAAAAGGGUUUAGCUAACCCCAAAAUAUGUAGUAAUAAGAAUGGUGGUGCAGAAGAUGUGGAAAUCGGUAAGUGUUUAGAAGCCCUCGGAGUUAUGGCCGGUGAUACUCGAGAUGCUAACGCACGUGGACGUUUUUUUCCUUUUGUGCCCGAACAUCAUCUUAUACCUGAUCAUACUAACAAGGAUUUUUGGUAUUGGAAAUAUAUUUACUAUAAAACAAAAGAUGGAAUCGAAUGUUGCUCUGAUCAUGCGGUUUCUUUUCAUUACGUUACACCCAACCAAAUGUAUGUUUUGGAUUAUCUAAUAUAUCAUUUGACUCCAUAUGGUAUCGUUAACAUACCGGAAGAUUUGCCACCAAAACUGGCCGUAGGCGAAACCGAACCACCACCUAUUGAAACUGCAUUUACAAUGCCGACGACAUUAGCGGAACCUCCAAGCAGUUCGAUAGAUAGAAAAAAGCUAACCUCAAAAUGGCAAAGAAAUAAUAAUUAGUUGAUUAAAAACCCAAAACAUCUAUAUAUGUACACACAUAUGAAAACGUGGCGCUUUCCUAAUAGACAUGCAUACCUAAGAUUUAUAUUGCCAUCUGUGUUACCCAUUAAUUUAAAAAAGUUAUUUAGCAUUUAAGCAUAUUUACUUUUUUAGUAAGUUUAUACAUCUCUCCCGGUGUAAUAGUGUAUAUACGAUCAUAUGUGACUGUAAAUUAAUUAUGAUAUAAUUUAUUCUACAAAUUAUAAUAUGAUAUUACAUAGUUAUUAUAAUUCUAUGGUGUCUUUUAAUUACUUAAGAGCGCUGUGGCUCUUUUCAUUAGUUAAAUUUUGAAUGUUUAACCGUGAAUCUGUCAUCAAUGUAACCAACCACUCGCAUUUAUGGUUUGAUAUAACUGAACUUUUUAGGGUAUUCUAAAUCAUUAUUUACUGACUUCUUUUAAAAUAAUAAUUAAUUUGUACGUACACGCACACACUAAAAAACAUGUAUUAUAUAAUAAAUUAUACGCAUGAUAUGUGAUUCUUACCAAACCGGGACCGUUUACUUUUGAGAACAAAAAGGAAAUUUUCGAGCAAACAGGACAUAUUGUAUCUCAUAUAACACUCGCAAAAGAGCUAUCUGUUAGCGUUUCGCAUUCUACCAAAAACCACAAAAUCUAUCACAGAUUCUUUAGGAAGUCCAGAAAACAUUAUACAUUCACAUAAGACAAGAAAUAUCGCUACUAACAAUUGCGCAAGAAAAUUAUCAUGUCGCAUUGCAGAACCCAAAGUAUAAACGAAAGCUACGAAAAAGGAAGUAAAAGAUUUGAAACGAACACUUUUACUGAAAUUUGUGCAAUAAAUAUCCGUAAGUCUAAGCACUAUGAGCUUCUGUGCACGAUAAUAUCAUGUAAUGAAUAGAUUUGUAUAUUAAAUUAAAUAAAUAGUUGCUACGUAUUGAAUAGACUAAUAAAUAGGAAAAAUGCAUAUAGUAAAUUUUAGAAAGAAUUAGUUAUAAGAAACAUCUUUUUGCAAUAAAUAGAUAGAUAUAU